CCGGGUCGUGCGCUGUUGCCUGCAGCCUACGCGGCGGGCGGCUGCGGCGGCUGCGGCGGGGGUGGGGGGCAUGGCGGGCAUGUGGCGCUGGGGCCCACCGAUUCCGUGAACCUCUUAUAGCGGGGAACCCGCCAUUCCCGGCUCCCGAGAGCCCCCCACCCGGCCGCCGCUAUGUUACAGGAAAUCAGUGAGCAGGGCUCGGAAGCGGGAGAUGACAGUCUAUCUGCGAUUACCUACGAAUCAGACUUAGAGAUGAAAUCAAAAAAGAAAACUUUUCACAAAUAUCCACCAAGAUCACCAAAGUCUCCCUAUCAUACUAAGCCUAAACAGAUUGCGUCUUGGAGAUAUUUAAAGGCAACAGGGACAAUGCCUCUCAGUGGCAGAAUGGCUUUAACCCCACAGAAACUAUGGCUUGGACCCUCAAAACAAGGUCAUAGUCCUGGGGCCCCUGUUUAUAGAGAGAAGGAAGAUAUGUAUGAUGAGAUUAUUGAAUUGAAGAAGUCAUUACACUCUCAAAAAGGUGAUGUGGAUUUUAUGAAAACAAAACUUCGACGAUUAGAAGAAGAAAACAGCAGAAAGGAUCGGCAGAUUGAACACCUCCUGGAUCCUAAUCGAGGCUGUGAAUUUGCCCGGAGUAUGGUUGACAAAAGGCCUGGUACUGGCUGGGUCAUUAAUGGAUUAAAACAAAGAAUUAUAAAGUUGGAACAGCAGUGCAAAGAAAAGGACAAUACUAUCACUAAACUUCAGACGGAUAUAAAGAUGACUAAUUUGGAGGAAAUGAGGAUUGCCAUGGAGACUUAUUAUGAAGAGAUCCAUCGUCUCCAGGUUCUUUUGGCAAAUACUGAAACUACAGGAAAGAAGUCCCCAACUGACAAGAAGUCAACUCAGAAAAGGCAGAAGAAAUUGAGUGCUACUGUUCUCCACUUGUCUAGAAAUGUUCAGGAACUUCAAGAGGAGAACCAAAGCUUAAAAGAAGAUUUGGAUCGUGUGCUAAGCAAUUCCCCUAUUUCUAAUAAAGCAAAAGGUUAUAGUGAAUGGAGUAAACAAAGGCUAAUGAGACGAAUCUCAGAGUUGGAAAAGAAAGUGGGUGAGCUCGAGAACACAGGAUCUCAUUCCCCAGAACAGGUCAGAUUGGUUCCUUUGAUUCAGUCAGCACCAAACACAGCACCGCAGGAUCUACUGAGAUCUGAGCACUCUGAUGAGUGUGAUCGACUUCGAGGGAUAGUGAGAAAGUUGAAGGGGGACCGGAGCACUCUGCAAGCUCAGCUGUCUGAUAAAGAUUUGGAAAUGAAGCAGUUACUACAGGCAAAAGCUGCUUUGGAGAAGGAGCUGAAAAAAGUGGAGGAUACAGAAAAAGACAGAAAAGAGAAUGAAGAUACCAUGAGAGAGGAAAUUCAAAGACUUACCAAGAAGUUGCAAGAGACGGAAGUAGACCCACGAAAAAUUGAAGAUGACCCCAUGGAGAUAACACAUGAGGCUCAGGAAGAUGCCUUUAUCUCCUCCAACAUUACCUGUAUCCAGACUCGGCAAAGUUCUGUACCGCGUUCAAGUAAUGUGUCCUCUUGGCCUCCCACUUUCCAGUCUGCUACAAGAAACAAAGAGCACAGAAGAGAUAAAGCUGCCAGAAUUAUCCAAAAUCAAUGGAAGAUAUUUAAAAGAAAGAAAAAAGAGGCUAAUCUGGAUGAGGCGGCUGCUGUGCUGCAGGCAGUUUUCAGGGGACAUUUAGCACGGGAGAAGCUGUUUUCGAGCGAUACAUUUGGUUCAGAAUCUCCCAGCAUGCCCAGCUUUCCAAAUAAGAGAUCCAACACAUCCCGCUGUCAUAGUUCCUCAAUUUUGGUGGCUGAUAACAAGGAGGAAGACGAGGAGGCUAUUGCAGUCAUCCAAUCGAUUUUCAGGGCACACUCAACACGGAUGGGAUACCAUGCAAAAACAGGCUUUGAUUCUCCCAUAAAUGAAAAGAAUCCUAUUUCAGCAGUAUGCAAGAAAUCAACUUCUCUAGUCUCUGCACCAUCUUCUCUUGGUAAAGAAGAUAGUGAAGUUAGUAGCGAAGAGGCUGCAGAAGAAUUACCAGCUGAUGAUGAUGAGAGUAUGCAACCCAAAGACCUGAAGUCACUGGCUCAUCAACAAGCCUCUUGUGCUGUUUCCUCCCACACCCGGUUGCAGUCCAUUGUUGCUCCACCGGUGGAUGAAGUAAGCUCCGACGAUUCCGAUGAUAUUGUCAUCUCUCCAUCUCUGCCCAUGAAGAAAAAAAACUCUCCCCAUGUUAGCUCUAGGCUCUUGUAACUACCCACAGGAACGGCCCUACACAUACAGCUGCUCUUUAUUCCUGGAUGAGGUUAAGGCUAAAAGCAUAGAGGACUUCUUGAGCCUUUAUUCUCUAAUGCUGGAAGAGCAGUUGGAUUGGUAGGGAAAUGACAUCUAUUUACUCUUCUUAGAGAUUUAAGGCACAAGCUAGCCACAAUGCAAAAGUUAUGGCGAGUGGUAGAGGAUCAAAGAAAGCUUCAAGUAGAGUCCAGGGUAGUUUUUCCCUUUUUUUUUUUUUUUUUUGAAAGCAUCAUUAUCAGCAUUCUUAACAGCUGAGAGCUAUAUUUCAAUGAACAAAAGCUGAAUUUCAGUUUCUUGUAGUAAAGCUCUUGUGGACAUGAUACUUCCCAUAUUUCUGGGCAUAUCUACAACCUGCUUUAGAGCUCUGUACUGAGCAACACUACAACUCUUUAGAGCGGAGCUGGGUGAUUAUGCUACUGGGGAGGAAAAAAAGUAAAAAACACAAAAUUACAAACUGAAGAAAUUACAUUAAAAUUAUUUUUGAAAAUGUAUUAGAUUGAAUUAUAAACUGAAGAAGCUACAUUAAAAUUAUUUUUGAAAAUGUAUUAGAUUGGCUUAGCAAGGUGGCCUUACAAAGUCCAGCUACUGGUGUGGCAGGUUGAGGAGAGGAAAAGUCCCUGAUGACAAAGUGAAAAUGAAGUCAUCCUAUUCUGAUAUUUUAAAAACUCUUGGUUCUCAUCAUCAUUUGUUUUGUUCCUGCUACAUAUUGAAGACUACCCUUAAACCUUGGAUGGCUCUAACACUUGUAAAAGCUAUAAUUAACAGUAGGCCAACUGCUGAAUUCUUCCAGAAUCCAGCUGCCCCAAAUGGAAAGAGUGGCCAUGCUUGGAAGGAACAGUUGAAACCUUGGGGGUUACAUGUGUCAGAAGAGCACCUCAUCUUCUAUUAGGAAUAUUUUUUUUUCUCUUAGAAAAUCACAGAUGAGUCCUUUCUUUAAAAAUACACACACAGACCUAGUUUCCUCUUAAAUUGUUAUGUGUUAGGAUUUGAAAGGGAUGAAACUUCACAAUGCCCCUUGAUCAGAAGAGAUGUAAUGAAUUUUUAGAAAACAAGAUCAAACUGUUACAUUGAUACCCAGUUUUCUAGAAUCUUAUUCUAGAAUCCCAGUAUAAACUCCUUGUUCUGCAUUUCCUUGUAGCAUAAAGUGUGAGCACUGGCAUCAGGGAUGCAAGCAGGUGAGAUUGAUUUACAUGGAGAUUCUAUCUAAUGACCAGAUAAACUGUCUCCAAUACUCUGACCAUACAAAUUCUGUCUUCCUCAUAAGUGUGACAGAAUCAAGUCAACUCAGUAUUUAGAGUCUUCUGCAGUCAUCAUUCAGUUGGGCAGUUUUUAUAGAACUAGUUCAAAAGUGAAAAGAUUCAUUCAAACACCCAAAUCUUUUUGCAUUGUUAUUAAUUUUCAUGGUAUCAAAUUUUUUUGACUGGUGGCGUGAUUGAACUAUAUGAUGGUUUUCGCAUUUAGGGAAUUCAGCCUUAAAUUUAUUUCUUUGUGAUCUCCUUUCUUUCACUAGCUUCCAGAACUAAUCUAUUCAAUGAGGUAUAAGUACCAGGAGGAUUCAGUUAAAUCCAAGAAAUCCUUGUCUGUAACUACUCAGAUUAAAAAUUAGAGCUUAAAAAUUAAAAUUUCUAUUUACUACUGCCCCACUUAAAAAAAUAUUCAAUUGCUUUUUUGUGUCUGCUUUUUAAUUCUUGGGAAUUAAUGAUCCAAGAAGUUAUUUAUAACUUCCUGAGGAAGAGGGGAGAGUAAUAGCCUUCCUUUUCCUUUUAGGAUAUUUGGUUGUAUCUUCUUUUGAGCCCAAAGCUUCUUUUCUAGAUAAGGCUGUGGAGGGUGACUGGAUAACAGGCAACUGUCAACCCAAACAGUGGUUACCAGAGCAAACAAGCUAACAUGCCUCUGUCAAGUCAGAAAAGUUUGUUUAUUCUCUAGAAUGUCAAGAAUGAAACUGGAAGAAAGUACAAAUGGCCUUUAUAAUGUAAUCUGGAGGUGAGAAAGCACAACCCAUUUUCUUCAGCAUUUCUAACACGAUAAAAAGAAUUAUUUUUGUUGGUAGGCUUAUGUUUUCAAGUGGAUACCACUAGGAAUUGUAAAUAUGAUCAUUUUUUCUGUAUGUUAUAUUUAAAUACUGAAUUUAAGAGUUUUUUUUUUUUGAGGGGAAAAGGUAAAUAUAUAUUUAUUCCUUCUGUUACCUAAACUUCAUUUUCAAAGAGAUUUCUAAGGGAGCAAGUGCGCUUUGCAUUUCUGUUAGAACAAGAAAAUCCCAUUUAGCAGAAGAGGGGUAUGUACUACUCUUGUGUCCUUAAAUGCCUAUGCUUGGGGAUUCCUAUAGUUCUUUUCCUGGAGAAAACCAUAGGCUGUUUUCAGCUUCUGGUGUGUCUUACGGGUGCCCUUCUAUGUAUGGUCUUUUCUGUUGUGUGCCACAUAAAUUAAAAUUGGCAGAAAAAACUGCUAGGGUGUUUGGCAGAAAGAGAAAAUGUGCCAAAUCCAAGUGUGACUUGUGGAUAUGAAGAGAAAAGGAAGCUUCUCGGGCUGACAUGCCUAGCUGAAGAAAAUAGGCCUCUUUCUCCAGAUUGUGCAUUUUCCUUCAGUUGAAACAGAAUCUCUUAAUAUUUUACUGCCUAGAGUAUGUCCCCCUCCAUGAUCUAUCUAUAUACUUGCACCUUUAUUUGAGUAUCUUAGAAAAUUGUCCAUUUGCCUGAGCAGAAAACAGUUGCAUUUAUUGAAAGGACCUCAGAAGAAAACCAAGUGCCUGUAUGAGUGUUUCUGGAUUAGUCUAUAGGUGAAGAUUUUUGAAGUGAGAAUUCUCACUGUUUGUGGAAUAAACUAGGACUUUUAUUCUAAAAAUCAUGUUUUCACAUUACAAAAGCCUAAUUAUACUCUGAUAGUCUCUAUGGGUAGGCUGAGACUCAGACCACCUCCCUGAAGAUGGUGACUCAUACCUUUGAAGGGAGGACUUGUAUUGCUAUCUUCUGUAUCUUCUCUUGGAGAAGGAAAUGGCAAAACAUUCCAGUAUCGUUGCCAAGAAAACCCCAAAUGGGGUAAUGAGGAUUUUGACAUGCUUGAAAAAUGACAACUGAACCUCUGGAUAAAUAGGACUGCAGGUCAUAGGCCUAUUUGCUUAAACAUUUUUCACCCCAAUACCACGGCAUUCCUUUGAAAACUACAUAAGAAAAGAAGAUGUUACUGUUUUUAGAAUGUAAAAAGUUUAAUUUUGAAGGAAAAAAACCCUAAAUUCUCAAUUUCAGAUAUUUUAGAAGUGAUCCAUGAAUAGAAAGCUUAAUUUUAGUUAUGGAACUUUUCAUCAUUUUUUUUCCCAAACGUGUUUGUUUAUUUUUUUAAUGUCAGCAACCAUUGAAUUUAGUGAACUGAGAGGACUUUUUAUUUGUGGCUUAUAGCUCACAUCAGCAUUCUCAGCCAAAGGAAACUGAGUGGCUACUUCACAAUGGCUUCCAUUUUGUCCCCUCAGUGGAAAUACUGUCUGAGCAGUUUCUAUGGGCUGCCGCCAAGAACCCUCCAUCCCCACCACUGCCUGUUCUGUGGAACCAACCUUCCUCACUGGAUGUAUUACUACUCCUGCUGAGCUUUCAUAACCAUAAUUGUUCUCUUCUAUAGGGACUGGGGGAGAGAGGAGAGAAAUACCCUUCUCAGGAGCUAGGAAUAGGUUGCUCAAUUAGCUUUUUUGAAGAUGCCUUUAGAGCUACAUGGGAGUGACUUCUACUUAAUCUAAGUGGUGGUACCUCUGUAUAAAUCACUUGCUUCAGAUUCACCCACUGGACUUGGGGAUACUGGGAAAAGGAAGUGGGGGCAUGUGGAAUAGACAGAUGUCGAGGCCAGAGUGAUGUAGCUUCAUAAGUCUUUUCUGGGUUAGAGAGUGUUUAGAUAAUGCAAACCAUUAAAAGGGGACUUCAUUACUGAAUUAGACAGCAAUGCAAAACUUAGCAAACCACAUUAGAAUCCAAUAUAAGGACAUACAGUUUUAAAAAACUGAAUUGUAAAAUGUUUUAAAUGGAGUUAAAUCUAAAACACUGGAAGUGUUUGUUUCUUAAACCCAGAGAAAGUGAAACUAUUGCAGUGGAAGGUGUAGAUUGAUUCCUUGGUAUCAGAAAAAGGGAUUUGCCAGCAAAGGGAAGAAGUGCCCACUUAAGAGGGUCAAACCAAACAGUGUCUGAACAGAACAUAUCUUCCAGCAGACUAUGAAAUACAAUAGGUAUAAAACUGCUUAGACUUGAUGAUAAAAAGCAGGGUAGAGAGAUAUAAGGGGAAGAAGCUUAAGAUGUUAGAAAUGUUUACAUUUCUUAUACCAUUCUUGUUAAAGAAACAUUGCAAAAAGAAAUGAAUGAUUCUAAUUAAAAAGAUUUCAUUUGACAUCCACUCACCAUUACUCCCAAAAAGAAAAAUGGAAGAAGUAUCACCUUGGUUCAACCCAAAUGGGUCAGAGUCCAUUCUCCCUUUUCCUCUUUCCCAAUGACAAAACCAAUUAUUUAGGAAAAAGACCAUCUUGGCUUGAAUCUAUCAACACAGGUCCAGCCAAGGCUUAUGUCCAAGAAAUAAAUGUUCUCUGCAGAAAAGACCAAUGACCUUGUAAAGUCUUCAAGGUACAAAUGAAAAUUAAAUUGCACUAUAACUUGUCUAAUUGCAAAGGCUACAUUUUUUGGUUAUGGAAGCUCAGCUUGCAUGUUGCUCUUCUAUAAUCUAUAGCAAUUUACAUUAGGCUUGAGGAAGCAAGAGUGUGAUGCAGCAUGUACAACAGCAUGAUGCCAUGACAAAUUCUGAACUUACAUUUUUCAUAUUGUCCCAUCUUCAAGUGCCUAAAACCUAAUAAAUGUGGUAUACUAUUUUACCCGGUCCUUUACUGAUCAUGGUUAAAUAAUAUUUUUUAAGUUAGAAAAAUUAGGAAAAUUCUGAAAAGAAUGAAUUGUAAAACUAUUAACUUGAAUUGCCAGAAAGAGCAUUGCUUUUAAUGGUUUCUUAAAUUUUUUUAUUUAGAACUAUUCUAAUCUUGUCAAUAAUUUAUAUGUAAAUCUCUUGGAAUGGGAAAGAUUUUUACUUUGCCUCAUCAUUAUUCUUUGUAAAUAAAAGUUGUUUUGCAGAAUAA